CCUGCGCUGAACAUUUUCACUUUCUACGUGACGUUGACGGGACGUUAAGCGAUGGCUUCCGUAAGCCAAAUACGGAUAUGUGCCAUUCUUUGGCUGUUCUGCGCAGCCAUUAUAAACGCAGAUUCUAGUGAAAACACCACCACCACAAAAACGAUACGCACCACCAUACUCCCAUCACGAACCACUCGGACGGAGUUGAAGGUCUCCAGGAGUCUGAACCCACACGAGACUCAGACAUUAAAUGUGAGGACCAAGACAGGACAUUUAACGCAGUUAAUAGUCAAGAAGAAAGACGCCAAGUCAACAACGUUCGGCAGUAGCACUACUCCAGCACCGACGACUGUUGCCGUCAGAACCACGUUAACAACGGCUAGGGUGAACAAUACAGAAGAUAACAAGAAUAAGACAGAAAGUAGAGACCAAAGAAAACUUACAUUUGGCCCAGUUAGUAGCGAUCUAGCUGGCUUCGACUAUUAUUUAAACAGAAACAAACAUGAUGACUUUGCUGAUAUAAAGGCUGAGUACGGAAACUGGUCUCCCGUAUCAGUUUACCCUGAAUCACACAUCCAAGAGGAUGGUGGAAAACCAAAGGCAGACCCUGAAACCUCUAAUUAUUAUCCAACAUACGAUAACGAUAAGAAGACCGAAAAUAAGAAAGUUUACAUAACUACUACAAGUUUUAUGGAUUACAACCGACCAGCUAAAAGCUUUAGAUUCGAUCCUAAUAAUCCUGUUACAAAGAAUGAUCGCAAUCCAGUAUACAUAGAAGUUGUUAGUACAAAAGUGUCUGAAGGUGAAAGUAAAUCUGAAAAUGUACCCGAACCGGUUAUGGUGAGUUCUGACCCCAUGUAUAUAAAAAAAGCUAUUGAAAAAUAUAAUAGUAAACGUGGAAGAUCUAUACUAACCCUAGGUGAAGACGGCAUACCUGAAAUACAAGGUGUAAGAAUGCCUGACGAUGAAUCUGACAAGAAAACAUGGAGGAACGCGAGGGUGGUUAAUGGUGAACUAUUACCCUACCCAGAAGGAUACACUCCACCUAAAGCUGUGCCAGAAGCUGACGUAUAUCCUGAUCUAACGGCCGAAGAACCAUCUCAAAACUUAGGUCCCUUCACUAAAGAGGACAAUUUUGAACAGAAAGAUGGUCCAUUCACUAAAUUUGAUAAUAUCAAAUUUGAAAAUGAUGAGUUCAUUCCUACGACUUACACAUAUAAACCUAAAAAGGAUAAUCACUUUGUAAAGACUGGAUAUGGUCCAUUCACUAAAGCUGAUAAUUCUAAAGUAGCCAACUCAAAACUUAUAGAAUACAUAAAGCAAAUUAAUGACCAAGAAUCAAAGCGUGACUAUUUCAGUGGCCGCAGUUCUCGAGCACAUACUGGUGACCUAGAAUACGCUGAAAGUCACAUCCAAAGGCGAAUGCUACAGCAUCCUGGUGAAGUAAGUUUCCCUAACUCCGUUAUGUAUACACCCAAAAAUGCUCAGCCGAGUUUUGAUGAAAGUGUAAGAAAUCCUGUUCUUCAGUAUGCACACCCUGAACUUGGUGUGCAACCUGCAAAAGCUACAAGAGAUAAUAUUGACAACUAUGACAAAGAACGCAAAGUGAAGUAUUAUACAAGUGGACCUAAAAGUGCUCAUCCCUACCCGAUGGAGCCUAUUAAUGGUUACAAUCAGCAACGUAGUCAAAACAAUGGACCAAAUGCAAAUAGGUAUUACGAAGAUGAAUAUAAUAAAUUCUCUUACUACGAUAACUCUCAUAACAGAUACCCUUAUGGUUAUGGUUACGGUUACGUAAAACGUGUUCCAGAGCCAUCUCUAUGGCAAAGAUUCACUGAUUCAAUGAAAGACACAAUUAAUACAGCGAGUCAAACCGUUCAUCAACUAACCAGACCGUUAAUCGAACCUAUUGCUAAGGUAACACAACCCGUAUUUGAUCCUCUCGUUGAAGCAACUCAGAAAAUAUCGCAUAACCUUGGUCUUUAUUCACCAAACUCUAUAACUCAAAGAUACGCCCAAGACAAAAUUGGCGUAGCAGCGGCUGCUUCUGGAGCACCUGCAAUGCUCCCAGCUAUUGGCCUCAUGGCUGGAGGGGCUGCUCUAGGGCUAGGAGCAGUUGCUGUUGGAAAAUUUCUAGACGUGAACCUCAUGCGUAGUGGAAGAGCAGAGGACUCGAACGAUGAGUUAGAGAAAGAACACAAGAGAUCAUUUGCAAAUGCACCGUACGAUAUAGAUAGGAAAAUACUAAGCAGGCAACAAUAUUAUGAUGAUAAUUACAAAAUGCCGAGUGAAAACGUGUACGUUGUCAUGUCACCUGAUACGGAAACUGGUCGGUCUAAGAGAAAUGCCGUAAGCUUCUAUAAACCUUAUCAGAAUAUUUUUGUUAAACAAAGACGAAAUGUCAAGCGGUCCAUAGACGAAAUGCCUGAUGAUUUACAGCAUCUUGAUGGCAGUCCAGGUGCCCCGAGCCUGACUGCGACUGCGAUGGACUUAGUGAAACAGACUGACUGGAGAGACUCUCAGUGUGCCAAGUUUACAUUCUGUAAGGUGCUAACUUCACAAUCAUCGGAUUCUUUGUUCGCGAUGGAGAAAAAAAUGGCGUCGCUACUAAAAAUGCUAUCGCGAGGAAGCAGCGCCAGCGCUGCCGCGGUGUCACACCAGCUUGGUGACGUCAUGGCGGCCAGCAGAGACCACGACUGUCACAGGUUCCACUGCGACACUCCUCGGUAG